AUAGUGAGAGGGAGGUCCACGGAAACGGUGAUUCGCUCUGAAGCCAGCCAACGUUGAGAAUUCAAUUUCGCUGUGAAUCGAAACGGCGACGUUUAAUUCCGCCGGGGGCAGCGACGUGAAAUUCCCGCCGCCGUUGAAGAAGAGACCUCCGACUCCGAUCUCUCUGAGAAGAAAUUAGAUAGCAGAAGCAAAAGCGAAGGAGAUGAUAACGCGAUCGAAUCUGGCGGAUCAGUUGAGAGAGUAUCAGAUUCGAUCGAAGCAUGACUGGGCCUCCGUCUCGUUCUUCUCCUCCACCUCUAACCACACUUUGUCAAGGGUAGAUGUUGUGCUCUUUGUAAUAUGGGAAUUGGUAAUUCUAGCUUUCCUGGUGUUCUCAGCAGUUUCAUUGUACUUUAGGCAUAUGCGACUUGCUUUCAUCCUAGCAUGCAUCGCAAUGCUUUUGCUUUUGUGCAUAAAAGUUACUAGACAAGUGAAGUUGGCUCGGAAAAAGAAACGAAGGAUGCUGCUUCCAUUAUCUAUGUAAUCCUAGAGGGAGACAUGCAGUACCUGAAGUUAACCAUGAAAGUUCUUGGCCAUUGCAUUUAAUCUGUAUCCCGACUAUCCCUAAUGUUGUUUAUUGGAGUACAUGUAAUCACAACUUCAAAAGUAGAAAGUAACAAUUGAUGUGAUUACUCAUGAAGAUGCUGAUCUAAGUGGCAAGCUCAUCUUUCAAGAUAGAAAAAAAUACGCGAGGGAGGAAGAAUGAUUACUUGAAGGUACGGUUGCUUUUCUGCUACUAGUGAGGGUUUUUGUUAUUGGCCUACAAACUACUGAGAGAUUGAUGUUUGUCUUACUUAUCAACAAUACAAUGACAUAAGAAAAAAUUGUUAUUACAUCUCAGAUACGUACCCAUAGUGUUAUGCAGCUUGUUGUACAGUUAUUUUACAU